AUUUCAAAGCUACAUGCUGUCUGAUUGAUAAAGUAGAUGCCUUCUGGAAUUAUACCGUACAAGUAACUGCAAAAACGAUUGCUGGAGUGAAUGGAUCAGAGACUGUAUUAGGAACAACCGCUCAAUCAACACCUGGUAAUGUCACAAACGUGCAAUUAAAACCUGAGGAGGAAGUGACGAAACCAAGAACGCUCAAAGUAUCAUGGGAAGAACCAAAGAAACGAGAUUUAAAUGGCAUUCUUACAGAAUAUCACAUAAGAUGUACUAAAAUUGAUGAUAAAAGUGUCGUGUACAGCAAUAGAACAGCCAGUAAUAUUCACUCUUGUGUCAUGACUGAUAUCCAGCCAGGAAUCUACAAUGUGCAGGUGUUUGCAGCUACAGUUAAAGGUAACGGCAGUCGGGUAACAAGGAUGGCAACUGUACUACCUGGUGCUCCGCUCAAACUUGUCGAAGAGACAGAAAACAGUUUACUUAUGCAACAGAGUCAAGUUAAACCAGCGGAUGACGAGAGACAAAUUGCCGUGAAACUUCCGUUAAGAGACCUUCUUUGUAAUAUACGUAACGGCAAGCUAACACGCUGGGGAGUAAUUGUUUCACAGGAAAGCCAAGCAACAGAUAAAACUUUCUCAGGAAGUACAACAGCUUUCGAUUAUAAAGUUUCAAACACAUAUAAAAGUUGGUUUCAAGUGAAAGACAUGGAUCGUAUAUCACCUUACAUAACUACACCCAGGGAUUGGAAAGUGCACUGUCUAACUUUUUAUGGUAGUAUGUUUAGAAGAAAAAAAUAA